AUGAAUGGACCGGUGGAUGGCUUGUGUGACCACUCUCUAGGUGGAGAAGGAAACUUCAUGUUCACAUCAGAGUCUGUAGGAGAGGGACACCCAGAUAAGAUCUGUGACCAGAUCAGUGAUGCAGUGCUGGAUGCUCACCUCAAGCAAGACUCCAAUGCCAAGGUGGCCUGUGAGACGGUGUGCAAGACAGGCAUGGUGCUGCUGUGUGGGGAGAUCACCUCGACGGCCAUGGUGGACUACCAGCGGGUGGUGAGGGACACCAUCAAGCACAUUGGCUAUGAUGACUCUGCCAAGGGCUUCGACUUCAAGACCUGCAAUGUGCUGGUGGCUUUGGAGCAACAGUCCCUGGAUAUUGCCCAGGGUGUUCAUUUAGACAGAAAUGAAGAGGAUGUUGGUGCAGGAGAUCAGGGUCUGAUGUUCGGCUAUGCCACCGAUGAGACGGAGGAAUGCAUGCCCCUCACCGUGAUCCUGGCUCACAAACUCAACCACCGCAUGGCGGAGCUGAGGCGCUCGGGCACUCUGCCCUGGCUGAGGCCUGACUCCAAGACUCAGGUCACGGUUGAGUACAUGCAGGACAACGGCGCAGUCAUCCCUGUGCGCGUCCACACCAUCGUCAUCUCUGUGCAGCACAAUGAAGACAUAACGCUGGAGGACAUGCGCAAGGCCCUGAAGGAGCAGGUGAUCAGGGCCGUGGUGCCGGCCAAGUACCUGGAUGAAGACACAAUUUACCACCUGCAGCCCAGCGGGCGGUUUGUCAUUGGAGGUCCCCAGGGGGAUGCAGGCGUCACUGGCCGUAAGAUUAUUGUGGACACCUAUGGUGGCUGGGGGGCUCAUGGUGGUGGGGCCUUUUCUGGGAAGGACUACACCAAGGUGGACCGCUCGGCAGCUUACGCUGCCCGCUGGGUGGCCAAGUCCCUGGUGAAAGCAGGGCUCUGCCGGAGAGUGCUUGUCCAGGUUUCCUACGCCAUUGGUGUGGCUGAGCCGCUGUCCAUUUCCAUCUUCACCUACGGAACCUCUCAGAAGACAGAGCGAGAGCUGCUAGAGGUGGUGAACAAGAACUUCGACCUUCGGCCGGGCAUCAUCGUCAGGGAUCUGGAUUUGAAGAGGCCCAUCUACCUGAAGACGGCAUGCUACGGCCAUUUCGGAAGAAGCGAGUUCCCAUGGGAAGUUCCCAAGAAGCUGGUGUUUUAG